AUGGCUUCCAAGGAUAGACAGCCAGUCAUCGCAGUGGCGAAGCGUACUGAAAACGACAGCGCGACGACGCAUCGACGCCCGCCACCACACCACUCAUUAUCACUUCUUCACUCGAAGCGGCGGAACUCCCCGAAUGAUAGCGACUCGUCGCGGAAGAGCCAACACCCCAGCGGGAGCGAUGGCACAGAUUCUCCCUCCAGUCUCCGGCCAGGAAAAGAGAGCUCUGGUGGCGAGAGCAGCAACGCCGACAAAUGGUUCGACAAAUCCAACAAUGAAGUGCAGGAGCAUUCUACCUCAUUCGCCGACGAUGAACCUCCAUUCUUCAUGCCGCAGUCCUCUUCUUCAGAAACUCCCCCAGAGGUCGCAGCCGCACGGCGCCAACAUUUUGCAAGGCAUGGCGGCGACGCCGGCUCCUUGCCAAGGCGCGCAGACAUGUUGCGCAUUGGCACGGAGGGAAGCAGUACCGAUGAAUAUAGAGGAGUGAUCGAUGACCUGACGAUUGAGAAUAAGAGGUUAAAGCGGCGUUUAAAGAGAGCAGAACGAUAUGUGGACUCGCAUCUGAAGCAUGAAAAGUUGUUCGAGGUACGAACAAGUGGGUUGCACGGUGCUCACAAACGGGAGUUGGAGCAGAUUCUCAAGAGUUUCGCCGAGCGUAUAGAUACAUACACUUCGCUACCCGUGUCACAUUCGGGAGCACUGGCCGCCCCAAUCUCGGAUUCCGCAUAUCAAUCGAACUCAUUCUCGGGACCAACAUUCGCUGGGUCCGGCUCUCGCACCAUGGCUCGUUCCGAUCAGGUGGCUCGUCCUGAUCAGGUGGCUCGUCCCGAUCAGAAUCCAGGAUCUCGAGGUGUCAGCAUCAUGAAAUUCUUGCGCAACAUUCCAGAGUCCCAGACAAACCACAGGGAUCCAACUCUCAUGUCUGACCGUGAGAAGAAGGAGGUCGUCAUCGACAAGCUCGAGGAGAUCUUUCUUGGACGCAUUGCCUCCGGUGGACGACAUCUGCAUCUUUUGCAGCAACAAGAAGUUUCAGAUCUUGCGGGUCAGGAGGAUCGGGAUGCUACAUAUGGAUACAAUCUGCACACUCGCUCGGAAGGUCCUCGCGAAGCACAUAUGCUUCCUCGAGGAGCUGCAGGCACUGGCUCCGGUGGGCACGACUUGACGAGACCAACCGUUGGGUCGGCACUCAAUACGAGCGGUUAUGAUGACGGCGAUCCAUCGGAGAGAGCAAUGCCGGAACAACGACCAACAAAACCCCUCGACCUCGACCCACAGCGCGCCCAAAACCCUAUGGAGAACGUUCGAUACAUUUCGCAUUUGGGUUUCUCUCCAAUCGACUUAAAUUCGAGGACACCCAAGGGCGAGGAUCACGGGUGGAUAUAUCUCAAUGUUCUAACAAACAUGGCUCAGCUUCACAGUCUCAACGUGACGACUGAUUUCAUGCGCAAAGCACUGGCAGAAUACACGUCCAAAUUUGAGCUGUCGGACUGCGGCCGAAAAGUACGAUGGGUUGGCUCGACCUCAGCAAGUCGGAGUGGGGCUGAGUCAACGAGCACUCGGGCUGGGCUGGAUACUCCAAACACCUACAGUCCUCGGAAACGCCAGAGGCGAGCUGGUGGCCGCUCGAAUGCAUCGGGAACCUUGCGAUCUCAGACAAAUGAAUUUGAAUAUACACCCCUCCUGGUGCAGCGUCAUAGUUCCGACGGUACCGAUAGCACGUCCUCGGACAGCGACAGCGAUAGUGUUUUCUCCCAGCCUCCCGCUCUACAGAAUGGCGACUCAUCUGCGAUGACUAGUUCGGGGAUGGCUACAGGUUUGCAUGGUGCCACUCAAGUCAUACCCCAAAAGAAACGGAAGGUCCAGGACGAUGGUCCCAUCAUUUUCUACAAGACAUCUCGAUUCAUCACCGAUCUCAGCGGCGAGCAGUAUCCUCUCGAGGACUAUCCGCUCGGACCUCCUUACUAUCCUGCUAGCGGCGUGCCUGUCGGUGCUCCCCGGCAGUCUGAAGGACCGGGGCCUGAGAAACGCGGUCCAUUGAUGACCGCUAAAUUACCGGAGCCCAUGGACCUCAGCGACAAUCCGAUCCCGGCUUCUGAGGAGCUGUCCUUCCCGUCACAAUCUUCCUCAGCGUCUGAGACGGAUAACAUAAAGCCUGUAGAACUUGAAGUCACUGGCAUUGGUGGUGUUUGGCCUGCUGACAAUUUCGCGAUUGCCGUCCGAAGCUGCCACGUUGCGGUCGAGGACGCGACGAAACACGACCAAACCAUUUCGAAAAUCAUUCCACCAAAAUUCGCUAAGCUUCUGGACUCCGAGCGAGCACAGCGUCCAGCCACACCCCUGCACCAGCACCGCGUCAUCUCAUUGCGCCGCAAAGAUCUACCUCCCUCGGAACUGCCUCCAGCGCUAAAUUUCAUGUCUGCUGACGAUGGCUCUGACGAAGAUGAAUCUGGCGGAGAAGACGAGUCGGAUGAGCUGCGUUGGGAGCGACCCAUAUCCGACGGGUGCGGACCAUCAGCCGCACUCCAACCACUGCACGCGCCAUACGGAUCCUCUGACGAUGAAGACGAGGACGAGGAUAUGGACGACAAUGACGACGACAGCCGCAUCGACAUGCUGGCCACCGCUCGCCAGAUUGACCCGGAAGGCAUUCGACGCAUGGAGCUGGCAUAUGAUGCGGGUGUCACCGAGCGUCUAGCCGAGGAGAUUCCUGCAGGAAGCAGUGCAGCGACCGCGGGUGGCGGAAGCGGGAACAACAGUCCUGUUCAUGUAAAAAGUCCGUCGAGUUCCGCCACGGAUGCUAAAAUGAAGCAAGCAGGAAGGAAGGUGAAGAAUCAGGCAUCGACAGCGACAGCGACGAUGACCUCGUCGUCCUGA